UAUACGGUUUUAAUUUUAAGAGCAAAUAUUUUGCAUGAUGGAAAUGAGUAAUUGGCUGUCAUGAGCUUUAGAGGCGAGCGAUCCGGCCUAUUACGGACUGAGGUCUCUAACGGCGUCUGAUGCGUGAUGAAAAGAGCAGCACGCUUAUUUAAAAAUAUUUAGGCCUAUACUUGCGUCGAUAUAUGGGCUACCUCUCUUCACGAGCGUUAUAGUGUAAAUAAAAGCGCACCGUUAUGAGAAGCGUAUAUUAAAAUAUGCGCUGGGUGUAUGGGGAGGGACUGUCUCUUAGAAUAAACAUCAGAUCUGUCAUUACCGGUGCAGAACAAGGCCAAUACUUGAAGACAGAGGCGGAGACUGACGCUCCGCUCACACGCAAACGAUGCGCUGCUUCUUUAGAUGAUGAUGAUGAUGAUGGUGCACAUAUGCAUAUAAGAAUGACCUAAAGAGAGAUCAGGAGGAAAAGAGGAGGCCUGGUUAAGUCAAGAUGAGUUUGACAUCCUGGUUUUUGGUGAGUGGUGGGGGAACAAGGCACCGCCUUCCCCGGGAAAUGAUCUUCGUGGGACGGGACGACUGUGAGCUUAUGCUACAGUCUCGUAGUGUAGACAAACAGCAUGCUGUCAUCAAUUAUGAAGUAGCUACGGAUGAACAUAAAGUUAAAGACCUGGGAAGCUUGAAUGGGACAUUUGUUAAUGAUGUACGUAUACAGGAACAGCAGUAUAUUACUUUGAAAAUGGGUGACAAGCUACGGUUUGGCUAUGAUACCAACCUAUUUACCGUUGUGCGUGGGGAGUUACAUGUUCCAGAGGAAGCACUGAAGCACGAAAAGUUCACCAGUCAGCUUCAGCUAACCAAGAAGCCUUCGCCAUCAGGGGAAACUACUAAAAGCCCAGAGGUCAAAGGGGCAGAGGGAGGAAAAGAUGCUGAGGCUAGACCUUCAGAACCACCACCAAAACCAGAAGAGAAAGUGCCAGGAGACAUAGCUGUGGUCCACAGAGGAACCCCUCUUUAUGGACAGCCAUCUUGGUGGGGUGACGGGGACGCAGAUGAUGAAAAUUCUGGGAAGCACGAUGCAAAGGCCUCUGAGCAAAAACAAGCUAGAUGUGAAGCAGGCCAUAAGGACACUGCAACAAAGCCGCAGGUAGGGCCAGGAUCUACAAUGCAGAAUUUAGGGACCCAGGAACCAAGCUACUUUGAGAUCCCCUGUAAGGAGACUCCUCCAGUAGGGGGAGACACUGGCGAAAGCCUUCCUACUAGUUUAGAGGCAGUUGCCUCAGCUUCCACAAUCCCUGCGUCAGAGGGCGGAGCACAUGGACAUGCCUCCUUCACUAUAGAGUUUGACACAAUGGCUUCGGGGAAGGGCAAAGAGCGAAAUUCAAAGGGAUCUCAAGACCAUCGACAGCGGCCGAAAUCGGGGGCAGGGGAGGAGCUGAGUGCCUUGCAGGCUGCCAUGGUGGCAGCGGAGGUAAAGGUGGCAGACUGGCUGGCACAGAAUGAGCUGCCACUGGCUCGCUCGGAAUCCGUUGCUGAGGAUGAUGGAGACAGCGUGAAGAGUGAUGUGCCGGUUCAGCUGAGGAGUCUUAGAGGCAGUAAACAUGAGGAUGGCACACAGAGUGACUCAGAGAAUGCACUGGGAGAGCAGGUCAGUAGCCGGAGGGCGUUCCUGCAGGAGCUUUACCGAGGAAGGCAGGGCGUGCAGAGGACAGAAGGGCCUUUCUGUGGGAGGGAAGAUCUCUUCCAGCACAAACCAUCAUCUGCAGCUAAAAAGAUGGCACCAGUAGGGGGUGAAGUUGGCAAAAGAGCUCACCGUUCUUCGCCACAGAAAGCCAACGUGCCCAAAGAGCAAAGCACUGGGUCUCAAGAGACUCCAAAUAGGGGACAUAUAGAUGACCAAAGCGAUAGAGGGACCUACACCAUUGAGCUGGAAAAUGGCAAUGCUGAGGAGGAAGAGGCCAGGCGUAUGAUUGAUAAGGUUUUUGGGGUGGAGGAUAACCAAGCCCUGACUAAACUGCGUUUUCCAAAACACCAGAGAGAUAGAGGAACCAUCUGUCCAAGAUCUGGAGCAAUGGAAACCAGACAAGCUGGUUAUGUCGGUGCAGAGGUGCUACCAGAUGACUUGGUUGUAGUAGGAGGUCCAAGGUGGGUCUCACAGUGGGCUAGUCUAGCUGCAAGUCAUAUACGGACUGAUCCUGAGGGAUCUGGGGCUGAACCCACCAUGCUUUCCUCAGAUGAAAAAGCUGAUAUAAGUGCAUCUGAACGUAAAAGAAGGACCCUCCCACAGCUCCCCUCUGAAGACUCUGCUAUGGAUCCACUUGCUCCUGAGGGCACACGGAGCCAAUCAAGGCAGAAAGUCCCUUCAGCAGAGAAACAGGAUCUAGAACUUCAGGAGAAAGUAGAUCAGCUCAAUAGAAUCUCUAAAAUGGGGCAAAGAGUUUCAGGAAUGACCUCAGCGAGCACAGACAUAGAUCGGUCCAAAGUGAACAAGCCAACUCCCCCCAGAAUCCCAAGUAAAGCUGGUCAACAAGGAGCUCAAGCUAGACAUAUCGAGAAGAAACAAGAUGAUGGGAGACGAAAGAAAGCAGAUGAGGACAGAGAGAAGACAGGGAAGCCGCUACUGAGGCAAGAGAGCUUUACAGUGGAGCGGCCGAGUGCUAAUGUUCCCCUAGAGCUCAUACCUUGCAUCGAUGGGCCCAGUGCCUCAACCCAGCCCAGGGAAAUGGGAGUCAUCAAUGAGGGAAUUGAUGCUGCCACCAUGCUAAAAGACUCAGAGGCUGUGGCUGCUUUUCUGGAAACCACUUUAUCAGACCUAGCAGAUCCACUGAGCUACUCCCUGGAGGGGUCUGUAUCACCUGAAUCUGACAUUGAUACGACAAGUACGGUCAGCCAAGCCGGAGGCGAAGGAGGGCGUAAGACAGCCCAAAGGAAACGAUCAGCCGGAGGUCCGGGCCGUGAAACAACCAAUAAAAACACCAGCGCCACAGAAAGAAAAGGCAAAGCUCAAACCUCUAGUUCCAGGGCUUGGACGUCUCUUGACCUGACAGACGAUGACUUGAGCUCUUCUCUUACCCAGGACGCUUCGGUGAAACGACCUCAGGGCCGGGGUAAUACCAGCUCUAAGGCAGAGACAACAAGUGGCAAAACCAGAGGAGCAAAGACUACUGUAGCUCCUGCACCUGCCAGCUCUAAACCAACCACUCUUCCACGACCCAGACCCACACGUGCUUCCCUUCUUCGCCGUGCACGACUGGGCGAAGCUUCUGACACCGACCUCGCUGAUGUCGAUCGUAUGUCUGUUGCUUCAGAGGCCUCUACUGCCAGUUCUGCAUCGAGGCCUUCAGCUGGGCGCAGGACCCUCUCUCGAAUUGAAGCCCUUGCCCAGCCACGGAGGCCACGAGUGGGCUCUCCUUCAGCUCGGAGUGACUCAGAGGCUACAUCAGGCAAGAUUAGGGGCUUCGUCCCACGCCCUGCCCCAGAGAGUGCACUACGGCUUGGUCUCCGCUCUACAGCGUCCUCUUCCUCUGUUGCAGUCCCCAGAGCAAGAGCUAAUAGUGCUUCCAAACUGCCCGAUAAGUGUCCUGGUACUCCAUAUGUUCAAAGUACACCUGCAGCUGGUGGAAGGUGGCGCAGGGUACCUAUCGAAUACGCUUCUACCUCAGAGGAUGAGUAUGGAUCCAACCGUCACCCCACUCAACACACUCGCCUGCGUCCAAUGGCUCCACGGGUGACACAGCUAGGGGGUUCAGCCCCUGCAACACCCAGCCCUGGAGGGAUCUCCAUGUUACGACACCAGUCUAGCAGAGAACAGGAUGAUUACAUGAGAGAUUGGACCGCCCACAGUGAGGAAAUUGCCAGAAUCAGUCAAGACCUGGCUAAGGAUCUGGCCAUGUUAGCGCGUGAGAUCCAUGACGUUGCUGGAGAGAUUGACUCCGUUAGUCCUUCCUCUGCUCCCGCAGCUUCAGUUGAGGACCGUGGGUUUGAGGAUGUUCUGGGCAGUGCUCCAGAGAUCAGUGGUAGAGGUGUGGAACUAAGAUCUCGCGGUGCUAUCAGCAGUCAGGAUUCCCGCGCCAUCCGCCGCAGGACCUGGAGCAGAGAGGAGGGUGUGCUGGACAGUUUGCUGUUGGCAUCGGUCUUCCAGCUCUCAGCAAAAAUCAAACAGGCCAUGGAAAAAACAGCCAACAAAAUCAGGAUUUUAUUCAAAGACAAAGACCGAAAGUGGGAAGAGAUUGAAAGCAAACUGCAGGCGGAGAAUGAGGUGCCUCUCCUCAAGACCUCUAAUCAGGAGAUUUCCUCCAUACUCCAGAAUCUGAAGAGAGUGGAACGACAGCUGCUAGUGAUUGAUAUAAUGGUGGACCCUGAUGGCACACUGGAUGCUCUGAGCAGUCUGGGUCUGACCAGUCCACUGAUGGCUGAGAACAGAGUUAGUCCUGGCUCGCAAGGUCCAGCUGGCAACCAGGCUGUGGAUGUAUCCACCAGUACGGCAGCACUGCCCUCUGCCUAUUCAGAGGUCGCAGAACGAGAUCUUGGCCUGCAGGAGAGGAGCAAAGAGCAGAACACUGCUGAUCAAAGCUAAAUUACUCUGAACAGUUUACACUGAGAUCUUUUAUGUGAAUAAUGUGAGGUAUGCUGUAAAACUUCCUAUAUGGCACUGCAUUUAAAAGUUUGCUUCAUAAAUUCUAUGUAUCCUUGUACGUAUUUUCAAUAAUUAAAGAAAAUAUUUUGAAAUAUCAGUCAACUGUAACACCCCAUAGCCAGAAUUACUGCACACAAGUAUUAAUUAUUGUGAGUGUCCGUUUUAAUAAUCGGCAGUACUGUAGAUGUGCCCAUGGAAGAUACUGAGCACAUGACUGUUGAACAGGAAGUGAAAUGCGAAAGCGCUGAGCUAUGAUUUACUCAAAACUGAGGUCAUGCUGUGUAUUGUCACAUAUUGAGCCAAACUCCUUAUUCAAAUGGUUCAAAAUUAACACUCUCCAAGCAUUAAAUUGACCAGUUGGACGGCAACAAAAUAUGUAAUUCAAAUCAAACCAUGUACUAAAGAAACGUGUCAGACAACUUUUACCUCAGUGGAGAAUUUUCCAUCUUAAGUUUAUCUAGGAUGCAUAGAGUUCUUGUUUUUCUAGAACUCCAUGUGGAGACACAUAUGUGGAAUAUUUAAACCUAAACUAAGAAGCAAAGUGACACAAUGGCCUGUGCUCUCUGUCACAAAUAUGCAGUGAAAUCCCAUUGUCAAUAGGCACUAUACCAAUCAAAAGUUUGGGGUCAUAAAGAUUGUUGAAUGUUUUUGACAGAUGCAUGCUCACUAAGACUGCAUUUAUUUGAUCGAAAAUACAGUAAAACAUAUAUAAAAUAUUAGAAUAUAAAAUAACUCUUUUCUAUUGUAAUAUAUUUUAAAAAGUAAUUUAUUCCUUUGACGGCAAAGCUGAAUUUUGAGCAGCCAUUAAUUUAGUCUUCUAUAGUGUCACAUGAUCCUUCAGAAAAAAAAAUCAAUGUGUGGAUUUGAUUCUCAAGAAACAUUUCUUAUUCUUAAUAUAUUAAUGUUGAAAACAGUUGUGCUGCUUAUUAUUUUUGUGAAAACUGUUAUACAUUUUUAAGCAUUCUUUGAUUAAUAGAAAGUUUAAAAGAACAGUGUUUAGUUGAAAUAGAUACUUUACUGUCAUUUUUGAUAAAUUUAAUGCAUCCUAGCUUAGUAAAAGUAUUAAUUUCUUGCAGAAAAAAAAAUCUAACUGACCUCAAACUUUUGAACAUAAUAGUGUAUAUUUGAAUAAAAAAUAAUGCAAACAUUUCCAUGGCGGCAUUUUGCCAUUGGUACUAAGUGUGAUCAAAUUUUUGGACCCUGUUUACAUAGCAGUGAACCAAAAACCAAUAUUUUACAUAUUUAAUUCAAAAUAUUUAAAGCCAAUUUCUGCCAAAUAUUUAAAUACACCUGCUGUGUAAUCAGAUCUUUAGACAUUGAGGUUGACUAACCGAAAAUGAUCAUCUAAAAAACAAUUUCGCAGUUGUUUUGCUGCAGUGAAUUUGUGAUUUAUGAGAACACUGAUAUGUCAAGACAAAGCUAAACUGUGUAUUACACUGGCCUUUAUAUUUGAUACAUUUUUUAAUGUUUCUUCUUUUGCAGUCUUAGAAACAACCCAGUCUAAUUUGUGAAGUGUAAAAAUCAAGCAUUGUUAUUUGGACCAGUCCUUCAAUUUGAUCUUUAGCACUUUGAUUAUUUUUUGUAAACUUAAUCGUAAAACAUUCCUCUGCAUACCUUUCAUUACCUAAGAUUAUAAUGUUACUGCAUACCUAUAGUCCUUAUAACAGUUGCCAUGUUCCUCCGAUACCCUCUUCAUAUAUGGGAAUAUACAAUAACCAAUUAGGAAUACACAAGUUGUCUCUGCCAUGUGAUAGCCAAUAGGAGGGCCUGGAUUUACCCAGAUGUCGAUCAAGCUUGUUAUGUCACGAAGUGCCCAUUAUCAAGGUCAUUAUCCGAUGAUGUAGAUGUUAAACAUCAUGUUAUUUUGCACAUGCCAAUGAAUCAACCUGUUCAAAUGAGUGUUGUGAACUGGGUACUUUUGACAGAUUGAAAAACGGCUCAUUUUAUGUCAAAUGUCUUUGCAGGCCAUCUGGUUAGGUAGGUAGCAUGGUAAUUUUUCUCUCCUUUUAGCUUCCGUCUGCCUCAUACCAGUGGUGUUUACACAUGAAUGUAAAACUAAUAAUAUUGAUUUAAUAAAGAACUUUCAUAUCCCUG